AAAGUAUUGAAUGUCCCAAGGAAUUCAGUCGCUCCCCUUGUGGAAGUACAUAUUUGACUGAACUUACUCUUGCAAACGCUUGCACUCCAGCUCAGCCAUCAGUCCGACACAGUCGCCUCAGUGUAAACCGGCGCUGCCUCACAUCCCCCUUGGUUAACUUUUCGGAGAUUUUUGGUGCAGUGAAACAAACAAUAACCAGCCAUGGAUGCCAUCAAGAAGAAGAUGCAAAUGCUCAAGCUCGACAAGGAGAAUGCCUUGGACAGAGCGGAGCAGGCUGAAUCCGACAAGAAAGCAGCGGAGGACAGGAGCAAACAGCUGGAAGAUGACCUGGUAGCACUGCAGAAGAAAUUGAAGUCCACUGAAGAUGAGUUGGACAAAUAUUCUACAUCCCUUAAAGAUGCCCAAGAGAAAUUGGAACUCGCAGAGAAGAAAGCCACAGACGCCGAGGGGGAUGUGGCCUCCCUGAACAGACGCAUCCAGCUGGUCGAGGAGGAGUUGGACAGGGCUCAGGAACGCCUGGCCACCGCUCUGCAGAAGCUGGAGGAAGCCGAGAAGGCCGCAGAUGAGAGUGAGAGAGGCAUGAAGGUCAUUGAGAACAGAGCUAUGAAGGAUGAGGAGAAGAUGGAGCUUCAGGAGAUCCAGUUGAAGGAGGCCAAGCACAUUGCAGAGGAGGCCGACCGCAAAUACGAGGAGGUGGCCCGUAAGCUGGUGAUUGUUGAGGGUGAACUGGAGCGCACUGAGGAGCGUGCUGAGCUGGCCGAGAGCAAAUGCUCUGACCUUGAGGAAGAGUUGAAAACCGUGACCAACAAUCUGAAGUCCCUGGAGGCCCAGGCUGAGAAGUACUCUCAGAAGGAGGAUAAGUACGAGGAGGAGAUCAAGGUCCUCACCGACAAACUGAAGGAGGCUGAGACCCGUGCCGAGUUUGCUGAGAGAUCAGUAGCCAAGCUUGAGAAGACCAUUGAUGACCUGGAAGACGAGUUGUAUGCCCAGAAACUCAAGUACAAAGCCAUCAGCGAGGAGCUGGACCACGCUCUCAACGACAUGACUUCAAUGUAAUUCAUCGUCCUGGCCGUGUCUGCUUGUGCCUCUUUCUGCCCCACCCUGCCCCUGACCCCACAACAACCUGCCCCUCUUACCCCUCCACUGCCCUUUCCUAUACUGACUCUUAAAUCUUCAUCCUCUCAAACCAUCAUCUGCUCUUUCUGUUCUCACAAGGGGGCAUUUCUGCUCUCAUACGGUAACAAUGGCUUCUAGUUCUGUGUCCUCAUAGCUGAAUUUGUAUCAUGGGAUAGUUUCAUAUUGUGUAGUCAUGUCAUGAAGGCAAAAACAGAGAAGUCUGUGUAGCUCAACUAUUUUUUCUUAGCCAGUCUAAAAGAUUUGUUAGCAAGUGGUUUCCUCACACUCUCACCCCCCCCCCCCCCCCCUCUCCACUAACUGCUAAACGUCUGAUGGCUAUGUACAGUAUGACAUCAUAUCCUGUCGCCAAGGGAAGAGCCCAUUUUAAAAAAUUAGAGCUGGAGCCAUAUUUUUACUAUUUUGGUGUGAGCGCAGAAAACGGCAAUGAUGUGAAAUAAUGAUUUAUUUUUUUAAUAAUAUUACUUUUUUACUGGAAAAGUAAUCUCUGAUAAUUUUAAUAUGUCUAUCUUACACCUUUCAAAUUAAUGUAUUUCCCCCUCCUUUCCUGAGUUAAGGUAACCUCUUAGUGGCCCAUAAAUCCUGCAUGCUUUGUUGAAAUUUCCCCACUGGAUUAGCAAGAGACAUUUCAAUGCAACAGGUCUGCUCUGAACGUACAAGAUUCGCUUCCUGUACCACAGAGGUGUGUGUGUGUGUGUGUGUGUGUGUGUGUGUGUGUGUGUGUGUGUGUGUGUGUGUACUCUUAUAUACUCUUCUUGAGUAACUCAGCUCCUGCAUUACUAACGUGGUCUACUUCUGAUUAGAAGAGAGACCUCUUCCUUCAGUGUGGUCAGUGGAAGCUCCUCUUUAGUUUUCUUCCUGUAAUCAUUGAAUGCUAGGCUACUCUUUUCAUAGUGUUAUGCUAGACACCGUUUGGCACCACAUAUGAUUCUGUAAAUCCUAGGAAAAUGUUGAUAUAAACGUUAGGAAUGGGAGUGGAUAAAGAUAUGUUGGAUCAGAAAACUAAUGCUACCUUAGAGUGUGUGUGUGUGUGUGUGUGUGUGUGUGCGCGCGCCUACGAGUGAAUGUGCUGGAAAAGGUACCUUCCCUCAUACUCCACAAGGCCCUUCCAUCACUUUGUCUUUACUUCUUUUCCUCCGCACAGAUAAAUUGUUUACUCUCCACCUGUCCAAAGACGCCGCCUCUCCAGCUGAGUGGCCCCUCUGCCCCUCCCUUUCUUUUACACCUGCCUUCUCUACCCUUCCCUUCUCUCAUCCCUCUCCCUAUCCCUCUCUUCUUUUCUUUUUUUUUUUUUCUGUGACACUAUGUGUCUGCACCUGACCAUCACCAUUGUGUGUCACGCUUGUUGUACAGAACCUUUCAUUCUCUCUUUAGUUGUGUAUAAAUAAAACAUUCUUCCUUGUAUUUAAACCUACUUCUCUCUCCUUAUUUCACCCUUCCCUUUUUGGCUGUUCCUCUGUUUACAUUCUGUUCUGCUCAUGGUGAAAAUGUUGUAUGGAAAUGUAUGUAAACUCCUCAGACCCCCCUCACCAGUACCAGAGUCACAUUGGAGAUUCGCCAUUACGUUUAAAUACCUUUUGCUAAGUAACACUUUAUUAGUCGUAGGGACAUUUAACCAGCUCUUAUGGUGAUACUUAUAAUUAAUGAUAUUACUGCAGUCUAUUACUCACGAGAAUGCAAUGAAAGUACUAUAAUCUACUGUUAUAAUCUAUUCUUUCAUGAGGAGGAGAUUUAAGAAAGGAUGGCGUCAUUUGUAUUUUGCAUGCAAUGCAAAUCAGGUAUUGGUGCCUGUACAAAUAAUGUGGUUUUGUAUGGGCAGCAAUUUCAAUGAGCGAGUCUGUCUUCCCUGGCCAUAUCAGGAGACAAGAUAGAGGCUGGGGCUAACUACCUGCUGCUAGAACACCUUAGUUAAGAGGGAAGUGGGGGUUGUGACUGUCCUGUUUGCUCAUGACACUCCUUUGAGUCAAGCCCUUUCUUUCUUUCUUUCUUUCUUUCUUUCUUUCUUUCUAACAUGCUUAUAAUAUACUGUAUACACUGAAAAUAGUCCAGUAAAUAAUGGCUGUCCCAUAUAUCACUGGAUGACUUGUAGCUGAGUACUCAGGCUCUCAGUGAGUCGAUGAGGUGAGACCCUGUGGUAGUUUGGGGUGAGCAACUGUCUCAUCUGUCAGCCAGGUAAUGAGCGACUUUGUGCCUGCUGUGUCCAUAGUAACAGGUGUCCGAAGUGUCAUUGCCUUAUCCCCGCCAGCAUCCGUACAGUAUGUAGUGUUAACAUUGACAGCAUAUGAAAAUACCAGUGGAUGUGAACUAAUACUCAUUUAACACCAAAGGUUUUCUCUCCCUCACAAUCCUGUGAUUGUACUGAUUACUGAUUUUCCCUCACUCUGUGUGUUUUUUCUCUCUCUCUCUCUCUCUCUCUCUCUCUCUCUCUCUCUCUCUCUCUCUCUCUCCCCCCUUUCUUCCUUUCGCCUGCUCUGCCACUGAUGUGCUCCUUCCUGCUCCCUUGCCUUUCAUCUGCUCUGUGGCCUGAUGCACUC